CCCGCGGGUCCCCUGGGCGCUGCCUGUCGCCGUGCUCCCCCUCUGGGCAUGCCGCUGAACUUGGAUCGCUUCGUCCUCUGGUUGUUCUUCAAGGAUGGAGGCUUCAUGUAAAUCUCUGCCUACAGUUUUGGUAGGAAAGAUUGGUGUUCUUGUGGUGCCUUGAGAUGCCACUGGACAAAGAAGUUAAAAUCUGAGAUGGAACGCUGUAUUAAGCAGAGUUUGUUACUGCAGGGCUUAGAGUGUGCAUUUAUCAGAGAUUGCAGGGUGAAGUAAACGGAAAGAAGGAAUAAUUCAAAUCCACUGAAAUGAGUUGAGCAAUAAAGUCUCUUUCAACAGAGCUUGUCAGAUAAGGUGUUAAAACAGGCAGCACUCAGGCUCCACUGUGUUAAACCCCUCUACAGAUGUGUCUCGGGUGUUUCUUCCCUCAAGUUUCAACACAGCAGCUUUCUGAAAACCUCUAACAUUUCACAGGUCCUGAAUUUUUGAUGCUGAUAUAUUGCUCAGAGUACCAUGAACAGAUUUGUGUGGACAGAGAUAAAUUCUUCUGUUUAAAAGGGGAAAGGCAGUAAAAAUCAGAAGUGUUCUUCUCACGUAGCCUCCCACUCCUUGUGUUCCUUGUUUGUAUUUUUUACCAAUUCCAACCUGUCAGGCUGUGCUGCUUCCAGUUCAUGGCCAGAACACCCUGGGGAUGAUAAGGAGUGGUGGGGCUCACUCACCUUUGUCCUCGAGGCAUUAGCAGGUGAAAUGUGCUGGGUGUUCGCAAGGGACAGUGCUCAUGGGCUGAGCUUUGGAAACAUCAAACUCAUUUUUAUCAGUCCCUGAAUAGGGUUAAAACUCAUGGGUGAUGAAGAACUUUUGCAUCCUCGUGCUUCUUAAAAGAUCUCUUGAUUUCUCCCUCAUGUUUCUGUUGUUCAGUUAACACCCUCUGGUCUGGUUUUGAUGUGAAAUAAAGUUGGGUCCUGUGGAGCCCUAUUUCUGUUUCGGGACAUUUUCCACAAUUCUUAAUUUGCACAGUGUUUUAGAGUCUUUGCAAGGCAUAUCUCCCAUGAUUUUUAUUUUAACUGCAUGGUUCGUGUAUUAAAAAUUAUUAAAUAAUUCUCCUAUUCUCCUAUUUUAGGAAGAAGUUUUUCCUUACCCAGAAAUUAGCAAUGAAGAACUGGCAGAAAUCAACCAGUUUGUGGGACCUGUUGAAAAGUUCUUCAAUGAAGAAGUGGACUCGAAGAAAAUCGAUCAAGAUGCAAAAAUCCCACCCGAAACCUUACAGGGACUGAAGGACCUGGGUCUCUUUGGCAUGCAGAUUCCAGAGGAAUAUGGUGAGUAAAUGCCACAGAAGAACAUCUAGGGGUGCAUUUUGUGCCGCUUUUGUACCUCUCCAGUUAAAGCUGCUACAUUCCUGUAUUUCUGUACUUGAAAUGGAUUUUUGGGGGAGCGGGGAAGUGGCACAAAAAAUGUACUGAAAUAAAACCUGGUGCCUGUUCCAGGUGGGCUGGGCCUGUCAAACACCAUGUAUGCACGUCUGGGAGAAAUCAGCUCCCUGGAUGGCUCCAUUGCAGUGACCCUGGCAGCUCACCAGGCCAUUGGGCUGAAGGUAAUGCUGCUGCUCUGGGGCCAGGGCUUCUGCACAGAUUGCAUGGGAAAGGUGAAGUGAAAAAUGUGGGGCUUAGGGGGAGCAAAUCAGAAUUACUGGCAAAGCAUAAAUCAGGUUGUUGGUGUCUGCAGCAGCCUCUGCCACUGGUUCAGUGUGAGACAGAAAGGCUGCAUAGGAAGUACACAAGGAAGUUACUAUUAGGAUAAUUGUUCUUAGAUGAAUGAGUCCAAGUUGGUUUUUUUUAAAUUGGCUAAACUUGUCUAAAGUACCUAGAAUAAAUAGAAUUGAAACAGUAUCAGGGGGGCUCAGGUGAUGAGGAAGGAAAGAAUUCAGAAAAGAGGAACUUUGGCUGGCUGGGGCUGCAUGUUGGGGGGCCUAGAGGAGAUAACUCAUCUGAGAGAAAGUGUGUCAGUUUUGAACUUGAAUAUAGCCAUAGGUAUUUACCUUUUUAGUGCUGGGUGGAUGGCAGAAAGAAGCUUGAAACCACACUCAGUUUGUUAUAGCAAGAGAAGAUUCCUUGUCGAAUUGAGCAGAGAAUGCUAAUGAAAAAAUAUUUUAAUGACUGACAAAUAAUACAGUCUUGUUGAUUAAACUGUCUCUUGCUAUGCCAUAAAACUUGCAGAUGAAGCUUUCUAAACAUGCUGGAGCUUGUCAGCUCCCUCUCUUUUCCCACAGGGUGAUGCUGCAAAGUUUCCUGUGCUUGUUUCUGCAGGGGAUCCUCAUUGCUGGCACCGAGGAGCAGAAGGCCAAGUACCUGCCCCGCCUGGCCUCGGGGGAGCACAUUGCUGCCUUCUGCCUCACCGAGCCCGGCAGUGGGAGUGAUGCUGCAUCCAUCCAGACAAGGGCAACCCUGAGUGAAGAUGGGAAACACUUCCUGUUAAAUGGCUCCAAGGUCUGGAUCUCCAAUGGUGGCCUGGCCAGUAUUUUCACAGUGUUUGCCAGGACAGAGAUUGUGGACAAGGACGGGCAGGUGAAGAAUAAAAUCACUGCUUUCAUCGUGGAGCGGGACUUCGGGGGUGUCACCCAUGGGAAACCCGAGGAUAAACUGGGCAUUCGAGGCUCCAACACCUGUGAAGUACAUUUUGAAAACACCAAAGUGCCUAUAGAGAAUGUAAUUGGAGAAGUUGGGGGGGGAUUUAAGGUUGCCAUGAAUAUCCUCAACAGUGGAAGAUUUAGCAUGGGCAGUGCAUCUGCUGAAAUGAUUAAGAAGUUGAUAGAACUGACAUCAGAGUAUGCUUGCACCAGGAAACAAUUCAAUAAGAAACUCAGCCAGUUUGGAUUAAUUCAGGAGAAGUUUUGUUUGAUGGCUGUGAAAGCCUACGUGAUGGAGAGCAUGGCUUACCUGACUGCAGGGAUGAUGGACAGGCCAGGCUUCCCUGACUGCUCCGUCGAGGCUGCCAUGGUCAAGGUGUUCAGCUCUGAAGGUGCCUGGGCAUGUGUGAGUGAGGCUCUGCAGAUCCUUGGAGGCCUUGGCUACAUGAAGGAUUAUCCCUAUGAACGCUACCUCAGAGACACCAGGAUCCUGCUCAUCUUUGAGGGCACCAAUGAAAUCCUGAGAAUGUACAUUGCACUGACAGGGAUGCAGCAUGCAGGGAAGAUCUUAACUGACAAAAUUAAAGCAAUCAAGAAAGGAAACGUGGGAGUGGCGCUGGGGGAGUUCCUGACCAGGUUACAGGACACCCUGGGCAGGAAGGUGGAUCUGGGGCUUGUAGGUGACAGUGGGGUGGUGCAUCCCAGCCUCCAGGAGAAUGCCAAGAAACUUGAAGAAAACGUUUAUUAUUUUGGAACUACAGUCAGGGGCCUGCUAAGUAGGUUUGGCAAGACAAUAGUGGAUGAGCAGCUGGUGCUGAAGAGAGUGGCAGAUGUGGUGAUUAAUUUGUAUGCAAUGACUGCAGCCAUCUCCCGGGCCAGCCGCUCCAUCAGCAUCGGGCUCAGGAACCAUGACCACGAGGUGCUUCUUACAAAUAUCUUCUGCACAGAAGCCUAUUUCAAGAAUAAUUAUGCCAUGGCUCAAUUAGAAAAAUAUGCUGAUGAAAACCUGGAUGAUUCCAUUAAAAAAGCUGCAAAGCAGAUCCUGGAGAAGAGGGCAUACAUCUGCUCUCACCCUCUGGACAGGACCUUCUGAUUCCUCCCUGAGAGCAGGCACUCAUGAAUGUCAGUCAGGGAGGAAUUUGCUGC